AUGGAUAAGGAAAUAUUCAAGUUAAGCAAACUAGCAAAUAAGGAGCGCCUUAUUGAAUACUUAAAUGAUCAAACAGAGGAUGAAAUUACUUGUCUUGUUAAAUAUAAAUUAGACGAUUACUAUGCCUUGAAUGAUGUUGACACAACUUUAUUACUUCGUGCUAUCAUUUUAGAAGAUAAAGAUAAACUUGAAAAAGCAAAGCAAGCUUCAUCUGUUGUUAAUUUAAUUUCACCCGAAAUCGAAUUAUUAUCAGUGUCUAUGUUAAAAGCAGCCUGUAAAAUGAUCAUAGAUACAAUUAACCAAAAUAAACCAAUUCAACUUCGUUUAUUGGAUAUUUUAACAAAAAUUUGGAAUGUUCUAACUGCAGCUAAUGAGUAUAAUGCAAUAAGCGAUUUAUUUGAUAAUUUAUUUGAGGGUAAAUGGCAUUCUCAGAUCAUUGUUAGUAUGUCAUCUGCCCUUAAUGAUAUGGAGCUGUCGAAUCACCAAUUAGAAAUAGCUUUAAAGCAAAUGUUAAACCGUGUAGAAGGAACCGUCAUGUUGCAUUUAUCUUUUGCUUUAAAACAAGAUCAAGACUUGGGAAAUGAAUUAUUUAAACUAUUAAAAAACAAAAAAUCUGGCCCACUUAAAUUAUUUGAAGUUGCUUGCUUAUUAACAGCUGCAAGAAUUCAUCGUCUUCAAGAUACAAUCUUUGAUUUCCUGAAAUCGUCAAUUAUAUCAGUUUAUAAAGAUAAUGAAAAACUUCAGAAAAGAUGUCUCUGGAUUUCAGAAUACUUUCCUUUGGAAGCAAAUAGAUAUGGACAGGCUUUAUUGGAUGUUGCUGAAAAAUCAGCUACAGCUGGUUGGGACCAAGUCAUUCAGACGCUUUGUCAAUUGGCAACCAUUUUGAUUGAUACAGCUUCUAAUACAGGAAAUCUUUUUAUGAGUAAUGAGAAUUAUGCUAAGUUAAGAAGUAGUCAAAUAGAAGAGAAUGAUCCUAUAGAACAAGUUGCACAGCUAGGUAUCAAUAUUCUACUAAGACUUUUCAAAUAUCAUGACAUUAUUAGAAGUGAAAUAUUAGAGCAAAUGACAUCUCGAAUUGUAUCAAGAGCUAAUAGUGCUACUAAUUUCUUGAAAUUACUUGCUAAAAUUAUAAGAAAAUAUCCAGAAACUGUUGAAAAAUAUGUUAAUAAUAUUAAAGAUAUUCUUGAUAUUCUUUCAUUUUUACCUUUAUCAAUUGCAGAACAUUUAUUAAAUGCAAUACAACCACUUUUAACAACAAACAAGCAAUUUCAAGAGGGAUUAAUUCUGGUUUUACGAAAGAGUCUAUUUGCAAAGUAA